CAGCGCCCCUCCCCAGGACCUAGCCGCCCUACAGCCUACCAGUCCACCUCAACCUGGGCCUGUGGCGCCCGCAUCAGCACCUAGGACAGUGCCCCAGGCCCCACCUCGCCGCCGCCAGCCCACCUGCUCCCCGAGUCAGCACCGCGGACAGCCCCCUCGACCACCCGGCCGCAGGCUGCGAGCCGGAACAUGGCCACCGAGGUCCACAACCUGCAGGAGCUCCGGCGAAGUGCCUCCCUGGCCACCAAGGUCUUUAUCCAGAGAGACUACAGCGAAGGCACCAUCUGUCAGUUCCAGACCAAAUUCCCCCCAGAGCUGGACAGCCGGAUCGAGCGGCAGCUCUUUGAAGAGACUGUGAAGACCCUCAACGGCUUCUACGCAGAGGCCGAGAAGAUUGGGGGCAGCUCCUACCUUGAGGGCUGCCUGGCCUGUGCCACGGCCUACUUCAUCUUCCUCUGCAUGGAGACCCACUAUGAGAAGGUUCUCAAGAAGAUCUCCCGCUACAUCCAGGAGCAGAAUGAGAAGGUCUUUGCUCCUCGAGGUCUCCUGCUUACGGACCCCGUGGAGCGUGGGAUGAGGGUUGUAUCCUUCCUGGAUGUUCUGUAUGAGGGCCCAGAGCAGCCAACCAGUGGGGUCUCUGGGGUAGCCUGUCUGGCCGUGUGUGAGGCCACCAGGAAAUGGGCACCACCCCAGGGGCCUCCGCACAGGGUUCCGCACAUCACUGGUCAUCCCCCCGUCAUAAGUUAUCCAUGCUGUUGGUGAGCUUUGGGGUUUGCAUUUAUGGAGCUGCAUUUAAUCAGUGUUUAAUAUAUGCCAGAGAUCAUGCUAAAUGCUUUGGAGACAUGAAUUUACAUGAUUCUCAUAACAACUCAAUGAGGUAGGUGACUCUUGAGGUGCAAUCACUGGCUCAGGGUCACCUAGCUGGUAAGGGUCAGAGCCAGGACUUGGGCUUAGGCUCAGCCCUAACCUUGAGGCUGUAUUGUCCCUUAAGGAGUAGGCAAAUCUGCCACAUGUUUACAUGUCCACCAUUUCAUGUAAUCCUCAUUUAAUCCCAUGAGGGAGAUCCCAUGACCCCCUUUUGCAGAUGAGGAAAAUGAGGUCUAGGAUGAGGCACCCCCCAAAGUCUCCAUCCUGGUGCCAGGCUGCCCAGGAUAGUGCAGUCAAGCUGCACACACACCCCUCCUCCUUACUCAGCAGCAGUGAGAGGAGAAUUUAAAAAGAAAAAAAAAUUUACUGGAGAAUUCAGGGGGAAAAAAGUAAAAACACAGACUCCUAGAAUCACGUUUUACAAAGCCCAGCGGAAGUCACUUUUUAUUGAGCCUUUACUAUGAGUUGGGCAUUGUGUUUAGUGUUCUACAUGCAGUAUUUCUUUUAAUCCUCACAAUAGCGCCAAGAUUCUAUUAUCCCGACUUUAUAGUAGUGAUAAUUGAUGAUUAACAAGUAACUUGUCUAAGGUUACACAGUUUGUGAACGGGUGAGUCAGGAUUUGAACUCAGUACAGCAAAGUCUCCAUCACUGGUAGCUGAGUGAGGGAGGAGCCCGGUGGCUGGGUGGUGCAGCUCUCCAGGCCUCCCGCAGCCUUACUGCCAAGAA